AUGAGCAUCCUCUUCUGCUUUCUCUUCAUCAUCUUUGUCAUACUACUCGCACUCUAUGCAAACCACGAAGCUUCCAAAGGGUUUGACAUAACCAUCAUAAACGACGCCAAAGACUCUAACGCAGGUCAACGCUUCGACCUCUUCUACGCCUCCAAUGACAAAGCCACCAGCAUAAUCCUCGACGCUAAAUUUCUUGAACACCUUGUUUACCCUAAUGAUUAUCAUCAUCAACCUCCCAAGAAGCUCCACAUGUAUACCGAUAUGAAAGUUAUUGUCCACUCCUCACCCAACAAAGAAAAUGGCUAUUUUGUCCUUCAAAUAAGCCAUUCAUUCAUGGAACAUGCCAAACGUGCAUUGGACUUGGCCAUCCUACGUGGCAUGACUCGUGUCUUAAUAUGGGACGGCGAGGCCCGUGCUCUGCCGGAGCUUAUAGAUGGUAUGGUGGAGUACACAAGGAUGGUGGCUGAAAGCUCAUUUGGCACCAAACCGCCAGAGUGUGACAAAUAUUGGUGGAAGGGCAAGGACCCUGAAGUGGUGGCACAAUUGUUGAAAUAUUAUGAAAGAUGUAGCAAGGGGUUCAUCCGAUGGUUGAAUGGGGCUAUGAGGGAGAAAUGCCACGAUCGGUUAGUGGAUGCUGCAUUAGGCAUGCCAUUACAUGAUUUGUGUGGAUCAUAUAAUUUUUCUAAGUGCAGCUUUUGAGAUUGAGAGUCGGUGGGUUAAAUUCAGUGGGGGUUUUUUGUUUUGUCUUGUUAUUGUUGUUGUUGUUGUAUAACAUGAUUUAUAGUUGAGCUGUCACAUUAUUGUUGAUGUAUGCACACAGACAAAACAUUAGUGGAUUGAAUCACAUCACAUGGACACCUUUAAUUUGUUUCCACCU